CUAUCCCUCUCCCUCUCCCUCCCCGCCCGCUAGACUAGUAGAAGCAGCAGUAGGAGUAAUCCGCUCGCCGCCGCUGCGGUUAUCCGUUCGAGGUUGAUGCGCUGCAAAGUUUCCUCUUCCGGGCUGGCUGGCUGGCUGGACUGGAGUGACUCACGUAAACUUCGCCGCUCCGCUCCGGCCACCGGCCUUUCCAUCUUUUGCCGCUGCUCCCUUACCUGCCCCGCAACCGCAGGUUGAUUUCCUCCUUUAAUCCCGUGCCUUUCCUCUCAAAGCAAAGAGUGGACUUGGAGUUUUUCCUCCGGCCCCGUUCAUUUCUCCUGGAUUUCGCGUACAAAUCGCCCUUCCCUUUUCCAUUCUAAUUAAUACUCCACGAGCCGUGAUGUCGCGUACGGAGUCGACAAGCUGUAUAUAAGCCCUCGCCGUGUUUCUUCCUUCCUUCCUUCCUCUAGGUUUCUCCUUCCAUAGCUUCCUGUCCCCAAAAGCUCCUUUUCUCCCAACUCAACUCAAGUCGGAGGAGCCUCUGCGCCAGUGCGCCGCGCCCUCGGGCAUACUGGGCUAAGUACUGCCCUCUCCUUCUGAGAUUCUUCAUCUUACUCACGUUUGGUUCCGUUAACGACUUGAUGCUCUAGCUUCUUCCUUGCGCUCGUUCAUGUCUGCAGAGAUGGGGCGUGCCAUGCGGUGGCUCAAGAGGCUGCUCACAGGCAGGAAGGAGGCGCACGGUGGCGGCAAGGAGAUCCAUGCCGCGACCGACUGGCAUGACGCGGCGGCGGUGAAGGAGUCCACCAAGAGAUGGAGCUUCGUGAAGCAGAGGAAGAGCGGGGUUGACGCCGGGAAGCGGCCCUCAGAGCCUCUCGCCCCCGCGCGGGAGGUGAAGCCAUGCCGCUGUGCCGGCGGCGAGCUGGUGGGAGCACGCGAGGAGAAGGCGGCCGUCGUGAUUCAGAAAGCCUUCAGAGGCUACCUGGCUAGGAAGGCGCUUCGCGCUCUCAGAUCACUCGUCAAGCUGCAAGCUCUGGUCCGAGGCUAUCUCGUGAGGAAGCAGGCGGCCACGACGCUGCACCGGCUGCAGGCGCUCAUGCGGCUGCAGGCCGAUUCCCGCGCUUUCAAGAGUGCCUCCUACCGGAAAUCCAUGGAACAGGAGAGAAUUGUCGCGCAAGAUGCCCGGAUGAGGACGCCGCCGGCCAAGCCGGGGCACCGGCGGAGGCUGUCCGACAGCACGGACUCCAACUACGAGCGCAGCCCGCGGAUCGUGGAGAUGGACACGUGCCACCUCCGCUCCCGGUCCAGCCGGAUCGCGAGCGGCCGGUACGCCGCCGAUCGCUCGUCGGGCCGGCUCGCCCCGGACCUGGCCCCGCCGUUCUCGCCGCGGUCCGUCAAGCAGCCCCCGCGGCUGUCCACCCGGCGUGAGCCCGUAAGGCUCGCCAAGACGGCGCAGAACACGCCCCGCUUCAGCGGGGCCGACCCGCCGUACACGUACGACUCGCCUGCCAAGAGCGUGGACGGGCUGGCGGCGCGGCCGCUCUGGCACCGGGACCUCCUCGCGAGCCCGCGGUACAUGGCGGGCACGGCCUCGUCGGCGGCGAGGCUGCGGUGCCAGAGUGUGCCCAGGCAGCCGGCGGAGGCGCCGAGGGCGAGCCUGACCCAGCGGGAUGUCCCUGCUGGGGCGAGGAAGUCGACGUGCACGCGGACGCAGCAUGGCGGCCUCUGCUUCCACUCCUCGGAUGCCACCCACACGCGCCGCUCCGACCUCAGCGACGACGCGGCAAGAGAUUAUUACUUGGACAGGAUGUGGUGAUCGUCUCAUCUAUCAGAUGGAGACGGACGGACGGUGGUGUAUGAUACCAGUAGCUGCAAAUCGCUGGAUAGUCUCCGAAUUCUGUACAUGCUUUAUGCUUAGAGGCUUUUUUUUGCGGGUUUUCUUUCUUGACAUCUAGUAGUUGCUAAAGUGUUAAGAUCAAAACGUUGAUGAUCGAUAGGGGGUUUGUUCAACGGAAAUUUGUAGAGAUCAAAAUGUAGCCGGUUGCUUGGUAAAUUAUAGUCGUACUAAGUGAUCCACGACUGUGUGAUUGCACCAAGGACCACUAUGUAUUAAGAA